CAAGAUGGAGCCCCCGAGCUCCCUGCUGGAGCCCGGUUCCCAGCCGGGGGGCGGAGGCAGGCGGCUCCCCCGGGGCUCCCCGGACAAGCCGCUGCCGGAGCCCCGCGAGCGGCAGGACGUGGAUCGGCCUGCCCUGGGCGAGGAGGGGAGCGGCCCGGCACUGGAGCUGGUGGUCGCAGUGGCUGGCUCCCAGGCGCCGGUGGGGUUCGAGGAGGUGGCCGUAUAUUUCUCCCGGGAGAAGUGGGGGCUCCUGGACGAAGGGCAGAGGCAGCUCUACAGGGACGUCAUGCAGGAGAAUUACCAGACUCUGAUCUCGCUGGAAUUCCCCAUCCCUAUCUCAGCUGUGAUCCCCUGGAUGGAGCAAGGGGAAGAUCCGAGGGUCCCGGAUCUCCAGGGCUCCCAGGAAACGGAGAACCUGAUGGUCAUUUGCACAGUAGGUGCUGGGAUGGAGGAGGAUAAUCCCGAGCAGGAAGGGCCUGCAGGAAGGGAGCCUUGCGGGAUGUCCUGGGGCGCUGAGCAGGGAGAGGCCAGCAGGGCUGGACGGCAGCAGGAGACAGAGGUGAUAUCUCUGGAUGACACGGACAUCAGGGUGGUGACAGAGCACAACCAAGCCCAGGCUGAGGCGCGCCCCUACAGCUGCUCAGACUGCGGGAAGAGCUUCAGCCAGAGCUCCCACCUGGUCCAGCACCAGCGCAUCCACACGGGCCAGAAGCCCUACAAGUGCACCGAGUGCGGGAAGUGCUUUGUCCUCAGAUAUAACCUCAUCGAUCACCAGCGCAUCCACACCGGGGAGCGCCCCUACAAGUGCGGCCAGUGCGGGAAGGGCUUCAUCCGGAGUUCCCACCUCUUCCAGCACCAGCGCAUCCACACGGGCGAGCGGCCCUACCAGUGCAGCAGGUGUGGGAAGAGUUUCAAAUGCAACUACACCCUGGUGAAGCAUUACCACACCCAUGCUGCGGAGCAGCCUUGCUUCUGCAGCGAGUGUGGGAAGAGCUUCAGCCUGGGAUCCUUUGCCAAGCACGUCCGCACCCACACGGGCGAAAAGCCCUACAGCUGUGCUGAGUGCGGCGAGAGCUUCAUAAGCGGUUCCAACUUGAUCCAGCAUCGGCGCAUCCACACCGGGGAGAAACCCUACAGCUGUGGCCACUGCGGGAAAAGCUUCAGCCAGAGCGCCAACCUCAUCAAGCACCGGCGCAUCCACACUGGAGAGAGACCCUACAGCUGCCCCGAGUGCGGCAAGACCUUCAGCCAGAGCUCGUCGCUCAUGCGGCACCGGCGGAUCCACUGCAGAGACCGGCCUUACGAGUGCACCGAGUGCGGGAAGAGCUUUCGCUGCAACUCAUCCCUGAUGAACCACCAGCGCAUCCACACCGGGGAGCGGCCCUACAAGUGCCCCGAGUGUGGGAAGGGUUUCAUCAAUAGGUCCAGGCUCACCAACCAUCGGCGCACCCACACCGGAGAGCGGCCCUACAAAUGCACCGACUGCGGGAAGGGCUUUGGAGACAGCUCCGCGCUCAUGAAGCACCAGAGGACGCAUGCCAAGUAGACACCCAGCAGACAGAGACGGGGGCACUCGAGAGGGUGAAAUUGACAUGUCCUGGGGAACAGGGGCCACUACAGAGGAGGACAUUGAUGUGCCUUCUGGGGUAGCUGGGAGGGACAAGGCACCUUUAUAGAGAGUAAAUUGGCUUCCUCUCUUCCCACCCCCAUUGCUCAGCAAGACAUACCCAUCCAUCUCGGAAGUCUUGGCUCCUACCCCCAAUGCAUGCCAAUGCCCUAGAAGCCCCCGCCCUCACCCCUCCACUGGAUCAAGGUGCUGAUGGCCUCUGCGAAGAUCCCAAAAUGGCAGGAAGAGCUAAGGUAACUUGUCUAGCGUUGAUGUGUAGAUUUGUAUAGAGGAAAUAAGCAAACAUAGUGCGGUAUGGUGAUUAGGGCUGGGAGUCAGGACUCCUGGGUUCAGUCCUUAGAGAGGGGAAUGGGGUCUAGGGCUGAUAUUGGGAGAAUCAGGACUCCUGGGUUCCAGCCCCAGCUCUGUCACUUGAGUUCUCUGUGCCUGUCUUUGUACAAAGGGAAUAAUGAUACCCAGCUUUUUUCUACAGUGUUUUGAGAUUCAUAGAUGAAAAGUGCAUAUUAUUCUUUAUUUGGUGAGUAAUUCUCUAAGCCAGAAGUGGCUCUCAGUUGACCUGCUUUGUUCAUGCUCUGAGUUAGCUGUAGAGCAUAGAUCUCUAGGUCUUUUUUUAGUCUGGUUUGCAGUAAUUAAGCUCCACGAUUGAUGUCUCCUUUAUCUCAACCAACUAAGAGAAGAAAUUUAAGGAGAUUCUGGAAAGGGAAAUAAAACUGGGGAUUGUGCCCUUCAAUUUUGCUACUUUAUGAUGCACAAAACAAAGCGUGGGGAAGGGGCAGAGGGAAUCAACCUGCUUGGGACUUGUACGUUAGACAUUUGGGAGUUGUAUAACUUGGAAGUCUCUUGGGAAGACUGGUGAAUUGGGUCUGAUCAGCUAAACCUGAUUGAACAUGGAGAAUGGCUUUCAAACAUAAGUUAAGGCUAGGAGUUUUUAGUAGCAAUCUUGGAGAACGUCCAUUGUGUGAGAUAUCUUAGAGGCCUAAUUUUCAGGUGGAAGUGCUCAGCAUUGUCUCAAAAUUGGGCCCCCUUAACCAUUAACAGUUGGGCACUGACCGUCACCAUUGAAAGUUUUGACACAAAUUUUAACCAUGAGGAUUUUUCUCCAAUAUGCUCCUUGGAUAACUGAGUUAGAGAAGUGUCAACAAAGUUAGCCUAUCAGAUUCUUUGCCUAUGUUAAUAUUUAUAUCACUCUAAUGCCUACAUCAUAGCAUCAUGGAAUGCUCUGCUCACCACUGGAGCACCUUCUUGUGGCCACAGCUGGGGAAUAGCUCUGCCAGUCUGACACCCCUUCCUGCAUGUGCUCACUCCGUCUCUCUCUUGGGACUCAAUGGCUCUCUCUUCGUGGCUUGGCCCUUUGGCCAGCUCACUGUAGUUUUCCCCUUCCCGGGGGGGGGGUGGGUUGUGUACCCACGUCUCUCUGUACCAGUCAUCCCAGGCAGUCUCCCAGUUCACUGCCCAUCAAUGGAGCCAUUUCCCCAGUGGCUGGUAGGGGAACCAGACCUGGCCUCUUCCAGCCCAGGGACACUACAUCCAGUGGCUAAGGCCUGCUGUGUCCCACACAUGACUGCUGUUUCCCUGGUCUGCUUCAUAUGUUGUCUCUGUCUAGCUUCUUUUCCAUCCCCCUCCGGGUUUGCCUUUCCCUCUAGGCCAAGCUCCCUGCUCUCCCAAGCCCCACAGAGUGACUACAGACCUCCUCCCUGCAGCCCCUUUCUGCCCUCAGCUACCUGGCUUUCUACAAGCCCUUCCUAAUCCUGUCCAGGUGAGCUUCAUCCUUUAAUUAGUCCUCUCUGCUCCCUGGCUCCCCUCCAGGUGCAGCCUUGCUGGUUAAUUGGUCCAACUAGCCACAUUAAGCCCUUCAGAGGUGGUGUGGGGUGAAUGCCCCAUCAGACAUGGAUUUACAGGGUCUGUGGUACAUCCCGGCCUUUAAACAGUCUCCUGGGAGUAACCCUUUUAUUUAGUGUGGCAGACCUCAGGGGGACACACAGUUCCACCAGGGGAGGCCAUGUGGCCUCUCUGACUCCAGGAUUGGGCCUUCAGGCUCCAGCACCCCGGUUUGCCACCGGGAGCUCCUACAGCGAGACCAACUGAGAUCAGACUUCUGCGGAGACAUUCUUGUCUCAGGGAACGAUGCAGCCCAUUGCGUAUUAGCAGUGAUACUGAGCUCUUUCCUCCCUGUAGAGUGUCGGAGGAAGUUGCCUGCUCUUUCCAGGCCCAGCAGCUCAGUGUUCUUGUUCAGUCACUGGGGCUCCCAUUAUGUCUUCCGGAUCUUUCAUUCAGGUGUGUUGAUUCUUUUCUGCUCCUAAAGACACCAUGGUACCAUUUCAGACAGUCCACCUGCCAUUCUGCCAGCCCUCAUUCUCCGCUCUACUCAGUGUGUAGCCAUACAAAAUGCACAGGGAAACUGAUCCACACAUAUGGAUCAUAAAAAUAUUACCAACAUUCCCUUGUACAUCACAGCAUAACAGACACUCUGGAGAAAAAUCUUCUUUGUUAAAAGUUCACCAACCCUUUGCCUUGGGAGUUCUGUUAAGCUCUCUAGCUUCCUUACCUGAUGCUUCAUAGGGAAAUAAAAUAAGAUCACACAUUCCUAGUGGUUCUAAGGUUUAAAGAAUAAACCCCAGAGCUUCCCCCAGCCCUGUUGUAUUUCUACAGGCAAAGCUGUCAUUGGAGUUUGGUGGAGUUAUGCCUGCAAGGCAGAAUUCUUUAUAAAAAAACCCAACAGCCCGGUGGAACUAUCUAUACGUAAGUAAAGGCAGAAAAGGUGAUUCGUCUGGUCUUGGAGCUGUGUAGGUUAGAGACGGGAUUCAACAAGUCAGGAUUUCUGGGUUUUCUUCCCACCUCUGGUAGGGGAAAAGUGUAGAGUGGAUUAGAGCAGGGGAGGCUGGGAGUUAGGACGCCUGGGCUGUAUCCAUGGCUCUUGGAGGGAAGUGGGAUCUAUUGGCUGCAGCAGAGUUGGCCAAGGAAAUCUAGAUUUCUGUGAUCUGUUCUUUGCAACAUAAUGGCACUCUCUGGCCCUGUGCCAAGUGCCCUCAACAACCAGAGACUUGCCAGGCACAGAUUGUGCACAGCAACCAGAAGCAGGUGCCCAACCCUAGGCGGGGGCAGUUUUUAAAUCUGCGGCAGGGCUGUGUGGAGAACUUACUUAACACCAGGACUUUUUAGAACAACAAGGUUGCAUCAAGAUGCGGCAUGGAAAAGCUGUGAUUGAAGAAAGGGGUGAGAGAGGGGGAAGGAGGAGAAAAAGCAAAUGGCUAAGAUUUUUUCCAAACUGGCUAGUUAUUUUGGGGGUGUUCAGUCUGAGUCUGAUUUUCAGAGGGCGAGCACUCAGCGCUUUCGGGGGAAUCACUUUCCUUGUAAGGUGGCGUCCCCCAAUUUGAGUCCCCUAAAAACUGAGACACUGAAUCACUCGCUGCUUUUGACAGUGGUGGCCACUGAAUCUUCAGAGUAACUAGCUAGAAUCCCUGCUGUCUGCUUAGCCAGGUCUUCCACCCACUCUCCAUCCUCUCUUAAGUCAAUUGUUUGCUCUUUUGAUUCAAGGGGGGAAGUGUUUUCUAAAACCAAAGGAAACCCAGAUUGUUUUAGAGAAGUGACUGCUGUUAAAAUGCCCCUUUAAAGUGAUUUCUUUUUAGCCUUGGUUGUUUUGUUUUGUUUUUUCUUUUUGAGGGGAGGGUGUGCGUAUUUUAAUCUGGGAAUCUUUAGAAACACGGGGAGGGCGGUAGUAGAGGGAUUGGCAUGAUUUCAUUUUAGCAGGAAAGAGACAACUUUUUCCUGCAACUUCACGGGAUGUUAUAAUCCAGAGAUAUUUCUCCUGCAGCUUCAUCAGAUGUCAUAACACAGAGAUCUUGCUCCAAUUAUUUCAAUGUUAUGAUGAGUUGAGAGAGACUUAAUGAAGGAAAUCUACUCAUGGAAGUAUUGGGGCCUUCUCACUAUGUAGCUUUUAAGGGAGAGGUGUUAGAUUAAUUCAAAUAUUUUUCUGUAGGGCUGAUUUUAAUUCUUUAUCCAUUUUUUUUUUAACUAGUGAUAUUUUUCUAUCCACGUAUUGAGCUUCCGGUAGUUAGAUCUAAGAGGUGAAAAUAAAUAUUUGGAUCUGAAAGA